CCAACCAUCGACGUACGCCCCUCUCGUACGUCGAGCUAGCUUCAGUAGCAGGAGCGAGUCGAGAUCACGGAGGAGUCGAGUAGCUUCAGUAGUACGUCCACUAACCCAACGAUCGACGCCCCUCUCGUCGAGGAUCGUUGGGGUUGAGGAGCAUGAGGCCGUCGAUCGUGCUCUUCGGCGACUCGAUCACGGAGGAGUCGUUCGGGGAGGGCGGGUGGGGCGCGCACCUGGCCAACCACUACUCCCGCUCCGCCGACGUCGUCCUCCGGGGCUACAGCGGCUACAACACCCGCUGGGCGUCCCUGGUGGCCGGCCGCGCCUUCUCCGCCAUCCCGGCCUCCGCCGCCGCCGUCGCCGCGGUCACCGUCUUCUUCGGCGCCAACGACGCGUCCCUCCCCGACCGCUCCAGCGCCUUCCAGCACGUGCCGCUCCCGGAGUACCGGGUCAACCUGCGCGCCAUCUGCGCCCUGCUCCGCGCGCGCUGGCCGUCGGCGGCGGUCAUCCUCAUCACGCCGCCCCCCGUCGACGAGCGCGCCCGGGUCCGGCUCGGGCACCCGCGCAACGGGGACGCGUCCGGCCUGCCCGAGCGGACCAACGAGGCGGCCGGGCGGUACGCGCGGGCGUGCCUGGAGGUGGCGGCGGAGCGCGGGCUCCGGGCCAUCGACGUCUGGUCCAGGAUGCAGGAGUUCCCCGGGUGGGAGACGGCGUUCCUCCGGGACGGCCUGCACCUCACGCCCACCGGCAACCGGCUGCUGUUCGAGGAGGUGGUGUUCGCGCUCAGGGACGCCAACCUCAGCCUGGAGGCGCUCCCCGCCGACCUGCCGCUCUGCAGCGACAUCGAUCCAAACGACGCCGUCAAUUGCUUCGAGGAGGACUGAGAGAGGCCAUGCGGACGAUAAGGUGGUUCAGAAUUGAUUGAUGGAGCUAGAAUCGACCGACGCUGCUCAGGGAACUAUUUGUUUGUUUCCUUUUGUUUAGCUAUAUAUACUCCUAUUUGUUUUGUCCCUCGAUGUUGUACGAGAUUGUUCCGUGAGUUUGUUGUCUGCAUUCGUUAUUUGUUUGUUCCGAAUUGUGGAAUAAAUAUAUCGGAUUAAAUU